UUUAACGUUAGGAAUCAAAGAAGACAAUGUAAUUUCAAGUAAAGCGUUUCAUUGUAAAGAAUGAAAGCUAAGGUAUCCUAUAUUGUAUUGUAGAUUUGGGUUAUUACUUUAAAGUUUUUGAAAGACGAGAAAGAAUUAACGUAACGCCAUGAGUUCACAAAAUAAUACUAAUAGUGAUUCAGUUGCAAGUAAAAGUCAUGUGUCUGGUACACAGCACUCUACCAGUACCAUUAAUAACGUUAGCGCUGUACAAGUUGUUCUACCUUGGGGAACAAAAAAAGAACGGUUACCCUUUCCAUCUUCUAUAUUAAUAGACAUAGACGUAAAACCAGGAGAAUUUGUUCUUAGAACUCUUUUUGCUGAAUUUACUGUUCAAGCAGAAAAAACGGAAGCUGUACUUGUUGAACUUGGAAAACCAUUAUCAAAGUUACUUCAAAGAGGCGAAGAUAGUGUUUUUGAUCAGUUAUUGAGUGCUCUAGGUUCAGCUGCGGAACAUUGCCUGCCAUCACUGCUUCAUACACUGUUUGCAUGGUAUGACAGACAGGGUGUUGAUUCUGGACAAGCAUAUGAGCAAAGAUUUCGAUCUGACUCAUCAAAGUCAAAAGGUGAAACAGCUGAAAGAACAGAACACGAUUACCUACAAGAAAAAAGGGACCUAGCUAUAGAAUUUAUAUUUUGCCUGGUUCUUAUUGAAGUUUUGAAACAAUUUGCAGUUCAUCCAGGACAUGAAGAUCUUGUGAACCAAAUUAUUAACUUAGCAUUUCGGCAUUUUAGAUUUAGGGAAAGUGCUCAAACAGGCCCCAAUGCACAGAAUGUUAAUAUUAUAGCUGAUUUAUAUGCAGAAGUCAUUGGUGUUUUAGCACAGUCUAGAUUUCAGUCCGUAAAAAAGAGAUUUACUAUAGAACUAAAGGAACUUCGAAGUAAAGAACCAAGCCCAAUAACAACACACAGCAUAAUCAAUCUUUUAAUGGGAAUGAAAUUUUUUAGGGUGAAAAUGGUUCCUAUUGAAGAAUUUGAAGCAUCAUUUCAAUUCAUGCAAGAGUGUGCCACAUACUUUUUAGAAGUUAAGGAUAAAGAUGUCAAACAUGCCCUUGCUGGUUUAUUUGUUGAAAUCCUUGUACCAGUAGCAGCUAGUGUCAAAAAUGAAGUGAAUGUACCAUGUUUGAAAAAUUUUGUUGAAAUAUUGUAUUCACAAACUUUAGAUUUGUGUACUAAAAAGAAGCAUAGUUUAGCUUUGUUCCCUCUUGUAACAUGUCUUUUGUGUGUGAGUCAGAAAUCUUUUUUUUUACAAAAUUGGCACUACUUUUUAGCAAUGUGCCUAUCUCAUCUAAAAAACCGGGAUCCAAAGAUGUCACGUGUUGCUCUUGAAUCGUUAUACCGUCUUCUUUGGGUCUACAUGAUACGAAUUAAAUGUGAAAGUAAUACUGCUACACAGAGCCGGUUACAAAGUAUCGUAAAUUCUCUCUUUCCUAAAGGAUCUAAAGCUGUUGUUCCUCGUGAUACACCACUUAACAUUUUUGUUAAGAUUAUUCAGUUUAUUUCACAGGAGCGUUUAGAUUUUGCAAUGAAAGAAAUUGUGUUUGAUUUGCUCUCUGUUGGUCGACCAAUUAAAAUAAUCUUGACACCUGAAAGAAUGAGUAUUGGACUUCGAUCUUUUUUAGUGGUGGCUGAUAGUCUGCAACAAAAAGAGGGGGAUCCACCAAUGCCACGAACAGUAGGAGUUUUACCAUCAGGAAAUACACUGCGUGUAAAGAAAACAUUCUUGAACAAAAUGCUUACUGAAGAUACUGCUCGAAGUAUUGGCAUGUACCAGUAUUACCCAUAUGUUAGAAAAACAUUUGAUGAUAUUUUGCGUGCCCUUGAUGUUCAGUUUGGAAGACCUAUGAUGAUGACAACCAUUCAGAAUGUUAAUAAAGAACCUGAUGAUAUGAUUACAGGAGAAAGAAAACCAAAAAUAGACCUAUUUCGCACAUGUGUGGCUGCUAUACCAAGGCUUAUUCCUGAUGGCAUGAGUCGCCAGGAUCUAGUUGAUCUUCUUGCUCGACUUACUGUUCAUAUGGAUGAAGAGCUGAAAGCUUUGGCAUUUCAGUCUCUACAAAACAUGAUGCAAGAUUUUCCUGAUUGGAGGGUGGAUGUUGUAUAUGGAUUUAUUCAGUUUGUACUUAGGGAAGUAAAUGACACUUUUCCUCAGCUAAUAGAUAAUGCUUUACGAAUGCUUUUGCAAUUUAUAACUAACUGGAAAAAUGCAUUGAAUGCUCAGCCUCAGAUAAAACCAAAAAGGGAAGCAAUUGAGCAGUCAAAAACUGAACACUUAACAAAUGUGCUUCACCAAACUGAGGCAUUAGCACUUGUCAUGUUAUGCAAUUGUCGUUUUGUACCUCGUAGGUUAGGUGCCCAUAUACUAAAAGAAAUAAAGAUGCUAAUGAAAUCACUUGCACUGUUAAACAAAGGAGAGGAGACUGUAGCAGAUGUAAUUGACAGGAUGUGUCCUUCAGCCAUAGAGAAGUGUCUUCCACUGCUUCCUUCACAUGAAAAAACUGCUAUUGCUUCAGCACAAAGUACAGACCUGCAAUGGUUGGCAGAGAGAAAUACUCAAGCAUGGUCUUCUUGUGUGCCAGAUGGCUCUUUUGAAGGUGUGAACAAGCAGUCAAGUAACCAGGGAAAUAUUUCAAACCUGGGAAACAUGGAUGCCUGGUGUACAUGUAUGAUGGUCUUUAUGAGUCAAGAUGGUGUCUUAAAACAAUGCUCCUUAGCUGUAGCUCACUCUUGGCCUGUCAUUUAUGCUAGAAUCACUUCACUUUUUAAUUAUUUGGAUAUAAACCCUGUUAAUGACAACCGGGCAUCUCUUUUGAGAACUACCACUGUGAAAAAAGCACCAAAUGAAAAAGAUAUGCAUCUAAAUUUGUGGCGAAACUAUCUAAUGUUUGCAUGCAGAGUUGCUCCUCCUAACAACAGUGCUUCAAUUUGUUAUCUUUCUCCAGACCUUAGUUUGAGCUCUUCUCCAGAUAGCAUUGGCUCAGAAAGGUCAGAUAAUCGUUCUCCCAACAGUGGAGGAAUUCAUGCAUCCAAUUUGUUUAAGCAAAUAGUACCACUUCUUCGUAGUGAACAGGCAGAUAUGAGAGAUGCCGUAGUUUUGGGGUUGUCACAUGUAAAUCAGCAUGCUGUCAAAGAUUUAAUGGAAGAGUUAGUGCCUUACAUUCGAGAAGCAAUUGACAGAAAACAAGAAAAUAUGAGAAGGAGGCGAAGGAGAGAUAUUUUAAGAGUUCAACUCUCUCGUGUUUUGGAAAUUAUAGCUAAAUAUGGGACGUUUGGAGUAAGUCCCAGUGUUUUAGACAGAGAUGCAGGUUCUCUUAGUACCACAUUUGUAGAGUAUAUUGAUGGAGCAAGGCUUUAUUUGGAGACUGAGAAUGAUAAGGAUGCAUCUGCUAUUGUACAAGAGAUAAAACAUCAUUUUUGUGGUUUCAUACACAAAUUAAUUAAAAGUUUUUCCUUGGAAAACUGGACAAAUCUUUUAGGUAGGGACUUGAGAAAAAAUUUGUUUUUCCUUUUUGGUGUGUGGAGUGGCAGAUUUGGAGCACCUUUUGGCAUUGAUGACAAGCGGAGUCGAAAGAUUCAGCUAUGUCCUGAUUUUGAGUUCUCCUCCCUGCAAGCAAUGUCUGCAGUUCUUUGUUGUGGCCCAUCUCUUGAUGUGAAUUUCCUUAAUGAUGAAAGUCCUGUGUACAAAUGGCUUGAUAAUCUUUUAGGUUCUGAGGAAGAAAAACUUUAUCAACUUGGGCAAGAAACUGUUGUGUUGCUUUUAGAAUUUAAUCCUGACACUGGGUCUUUGCUGGAUUGGCUUGUGGACAGAUGUUAUACUGGUGAUGUGCAAGUUGCUGAUGGGUGUUUUAGUGCAUUGUCUGCAAUCUUUAGUGUCAGGGAGUACCCCUGUGACCACUACAUAGCCAUUAUCAAUGUCACAUUAAUGAAUACUGGUUGUCCAAGAAGAAAUGUUCAAGAAACUGCACUUCAACUACUCCAGCUUCUUUAUCAGAGGUUUUUUCAAAGCUUUGGACUGUCUAUUGAUGUGCAUGGAGACAUAGCUAAUAGUAGUGAAGAAGUAACACUACGUAGAAAAAAGCAUUUGAACCAGAGUUUGAUGUUUUGUUUGGAUUAUCCAUGCUCACAACUUCAGUUGUCUCGUCAGUUGGCACACCUUCAUCCAGAAUUAACCAUGCCAAUUUUUUCUGAAAUAACUUGCAGAUUUCAAACAGCUAGGUCAAAUUUAUGUCAGAAUCUUUUGCAGUAUUUGCUUCCCUGGUUGUACAAUAUGGAACUUGUUGACCCUAAUAUUUCUCAGCCAAGUUCAUUGCCUCAGUUCUCAAGACUCUCAGAGUUUUCCGGAGAAGUACGUAAUAACGAUGGGACAGUGGACCAAAAAGAUGGAUGGGGAUCUGGAGAAGCAACAGAGAUGGUUUUAAAUAAUUUGUUUUACAUAACUGCAAAAUUUGGAGAUGAACAUCCUACUGAGAUUGAAAACCUUUGGGCAGCACUUUGUAGUUGUUGGCCUAAUAACUUGAAGGUUAUCAUUCGUUAUUUGUUAAUUAUUACAGGGCUAGCUCCACAUGACUUGUUAUCAUAUGCUAAACGAGUAGUAUUGUAUAUGGCUCGGGCUCGCCCAGAACGUUUACUUGAUGAGAUGAUGAGUGAACUACAAACGGUUGAAACUUUAAAUUGCCUUAUUGAACGAACUGAAACACCACCAUUUUUCAGAGUUACCAGCAUAAGAAAAGGUAGUAACCAUUCUGAUGAUGGAACUUGUAGUGGAACACAUCUUGAGGGCUCAAAAGGAGAACUUGAGCGAGGAACUUUGCAUACAAAGCGGCGAAGUACUGAAGAUGGGUCAGAUAGAGAUAGCUUAAGAAAAGAUACAGGUAGUGCGGAAGCUUCCCUGUCAAGUGAUCCAAGUAUCACUAGUCUGGGAAGAAUUGUAAAUAAUGGAGCAACAUUAACCAUAGGAGAGACUCAAAACAUCAUUUCAACUUCAGUUGAAGAGGAUAAUUUCAUACUUCUUUGUCGCUAUGGUGAAGAAGAGUUAACAAAACCAGACACUCCUCAACCACAUCCUCUUCCAAUGCCUGAAUAUGGUGGUUACUAUGCACCUUUAACUGAAUUCCUACCUGAAAGUUCUCAACCCAUAUCAGGUUUUCAUCGGUGCAACUUAGCAGUUUUGUUGAUCACAGAUGUAGUUUCAGAUGGUAUCAGUAUUGAUUGGUCACCACAUAUUCCUCUAAUGCUUCAUAUCAUAUUUCUGGGAAUGGAUCAUACCAAACUUCUUAUUCAUGAGCACUGCAAGAAACUUUUGCUUAAUUUGUUAUUAAUCCAGGCCAAACAUAGUGAUUUUUGUGGAGUAGCAAGAAUACUUUUGAGUAAUAAGACAAUCCAAUUAGGUUAUGGGCUUUCUCCAUUCCAUCCAGUAAAUGUGCUUGAGCAUAAUUUCAUUGAAUACCAAAAAGGUAAUAGUGAAAAUACAAUAAUUCAACAAGUUCCACCUGAGGAACACACUUCAUGCUCUAAGUCACUGUCAAAUUUUCACAAUAAGAAAACUGAAACAAUAUCAGAGGGAAGUCAUGUUGCAUCAUCUCUGGUUGAUAGUGGACCAUCUUUAGAAGAUAUUAUUAAGGCUAUGAUUGCAUUUUUAGCAGCAAAAAAAGGACAACCUCUUUGGCCAUAUGAAGAUAUCACUUCAAAAGUUUGGUCAAUUCGAAGUGCAGACCAGUUACUAGUUUUCCUUCAGCAUGUUGUAUUUGUUUUUAAAGAAUCAGUUCCAUUAGCACGCAUUGAAGAGCGUUGGGCUCAAAUAGCAUUACAGUUGGCAUUAUCAUGUUCAUCACGACAUUAUGCUGGACGAUCCCUUCAGAUCUUUAGAGCUUUGAAGAUCCCAGUUACGUCUAGAAUGUUAACUGACAUAUUGUCUCGUCUAGUAGAGACAGUAACUGAACAAGGGGAAGAUAUGCAAGGAUAUGUGACAGAAUUAAUUUUAACAUUGGAAGCAGCUGUUGAAACGCUAGAUUCUGCUUUUAAGAUUAGUGAUAUUAUCAAAGAAAUUUUUAACUCUACACCAAACUUGACAAAAGAAAAUAAUAGGAAAAGCGCUCCUCAUAUGUUAGUUAACCAAGGAGGACUGGGUUCUGGACAUCAUCGGAGUACAUCUUAUUCUGUAUCAUAUCCUGGUAAACGAAUACCAGAAUCUCCUACUGUAGAAAUUAAAGAUCUAAGAAAUAGAAGUAGCACAGAGACAGAGAUAAGAGUUAAACAAAAUAGUUUGGGUAGAUCUCGAAGUGCUCAAUCUCUCAAGAUGCUUGAGGAGCAGUUUUCUCAGGAUGAUAGAGUAAGCCUUCUUGCACAGUUUUUUUGGAUUGCUGUUUGUUUGUUAGAAUCAGAUUAUGAACAUGAAUUUCUACUUUCAUUAAAACUGCUAUUAAAAGUGCUGAAAAAACUUCCCCUUGAUAAAAGUGAAUGCCACGAAAAGGUAGAAAAAAUAUAUAAUCAGAUGAAAUGGUCUAAUUUUCCUGGGGUUCAUGCACUACUUCUGAAGGGAUGUUCUUCUACAAUAACUUUUGAACCUACAAUUGAAGUACUAGCCUGUUUAACUCAAGUUUUAGAUGUACCAGUUAUAGAUCCAUCAGAGUCACUUGGAUUUCCUUUUCAUGUUAUGGCAUUUCUUCCAUACAUGUUACAAAACUAUGAUGAGCCUAAUGCUGUGUGCAUCAAAAGUGCUGAGAACAUUGCUCAGGUAUGCAUGGAAAAGUCUAAGAAAUUAGAAAAUCUUGCAACAGUCAUGACAUUGUAUAGUAGAAGAUCUUUUAGUAAGGAGAAUUUUCAGUGGACCAAGUGUGUGGUUAAGUAUCUUUAUGAUGCUUACAGCAAUAUAUUUAUAAAUUUGAUGUCUUUUUUGGUUGAACUAAUUGAAAAAACUCAAUCUGUUCUGAACCAACAUUUGCUGAGCAUUCUGUACUGCAUGCUUCAUUACAUGGAUAUUCAUUCUGCUGCCCAAGCAAUCAAUGCAGAUCUACUAAGAGUGAUUUUAAAACAUGUAGAAGGACCACAAGGAAAAGAUGCUACAAAGAUUUUGAAACUAGUGGUUACUCGCUCUUCAAUACUGGCUGCUCCUCCAGCCCCUAUAAAUAUGGCAAAUGCUGCAGCUGAUUGUGUCAGCAUAGCAUCUAGUGUGUCAUUUGCUGAAUCAGAAUUUGGAGCUAAACGAGAGUUACCAGGUCGUACCAUGGAAUUUUCUUUUGAUGUGUCUCAGACUCCUAUAGUUGGCCAAAUUUAUAAAGCUAAAGCUACUGCAAAAGAAGAAGCUACUACUCAGAGCAAAGAAGAAAAUCUUACAGCAUCGCCUCGCAGAAGCUUAUCUCACAAUCAUUCUUUUACAGAAAAUGGUUCACUGUUUGGUUGGAGACGACCUUGGCUAUCACAGGCUCGUACUCGAGAACGUUUUAUUAACCUCUUGACAAGUUGUGGCCAGAGAGUUGGACUUCCCAAAAGUCCUUCAGUGAUAUUCAGUCAAAGUAGUGAUAUUAUGGAGCAUCAGUCCUCUAUGUGCAGUAGUACAGAAGAAGUAUCAGGCACCAACAAUGAUAUGUCUGCAGAAAGCAAACUUGAUGAGUGUGUACACUCAGAGCAGCAGUUUGGCAUAUUUAAAGAUUUUGAUUUCUUGGAAUAUGAAUUAGAAGGUCAAGAAGCUGAGAAUAUGGAUAAUUUCAACUGGGGUGUUCGAAGAAGAUCAUUGACAAAUUAUGAAAGCUCAGGAGAAACAAGCAAGCCAAACGUCCGGCACCACACCAAUAGCUCCAACCUGAGUCCAAGAAAAGAAGAAUCAUCAGAUGAUGAGAUGGGUAGUGUGUCACCCUUAGAUGAUCUUCCACCAGAACUUCCCAGCAGUAGUGUUGGAUUAGUGUUCCCUCCUUCAUCACUUCCCUUGCUGGAUCACAGUCAGCGGCCAAUGAGCCCUGCCUCUGUAUCUUCACAGAGUCUAGCAAGUGAUGGAGAUGUAACUCUCAGCAAUACAUCCCCAAGUUUCUCACCCCUUGCAAUAGCACCACAUGUGGUUACUCAACUUCCAGCUGAUGAUGUAGAGGAGGAAUGGCGCACACAUGUUCACUCCUUGAUGGCUGAUUCUAGUGGUGCAACAGCUGUGAAUACUUACCAAGUAUUGGGACGUUUGAUAAAAGAAACUUUAAGCAAAACAGCAAAUAUGACACGGGAUGUAUGCCAUUUCUUUUCAUCUUCAAUCUUGUUUAGAUCUGUUGGAUCACAGUUUCUGGCAUUUUUGGACAUAUUAGUCAAUCAAGUUGAAUGUCCAUUUGUGUUUGUUGACAUGGAGACAUUGAAUAACUGUCUUCUACUAGAAAGACACAAAUUCUGUGUUUUGGAGAUUCAGGAACAUUGGGAGACUUUUUCUGAGAAAUGGGAACAUGUUUUAGAAUGUAUGGAUAACUUAAAAUCAAUUGUUAAACUAGAAAACCUUGGAGAGUCUGUUUCUGAAGGUACAUUUGACGACAAUCGUGUUGAUUUGUGUCGUGCUCUUUAUAAACUUCAUUUCCAGUUUAUCCUACUUCUGGACAGCUUCUGUAAACUUUUAUCUCAGCUUUCUUCUGCAGUUACACAGACUCAAGUUCUUGAUUUAUCAGAAGAAUUUACUUCCAUCAAGUCUGAUCUACUUCGUGCUGUGGAAGAUACAGAGAGUGAUCGUUUGUCUCCUCCAGGUCAAAUAGAAGCCACAGUAAUGACUCAACAGGAAGCAGAAAAUGAACUUUUUGAAUUUUUUCAUGGAGGAAUGUGGAGCAAAGUUAUUAAACAUCUUCACACUUACAGGAGUUAUUUUCAUGCUGCUGAAGAUGAUGAAAUAGAAGUAGCCUUAUCUCUUUACUGUCAUCAUCGCACUGAGGAAAGAAGUGGAAUUUAUGUGAUGACACACACUGAUCAUGACCUAACUGAUGUUUCCCGACAGUUAAUGGACUGCAGUUUACACCUGUCUUCAUUAAUUCAUGGUCUAGAACAUAGUGUAAGUCCUGAUCACAAUUCUUCAGACAAUAAUACACAAAAAACUGAGCUGUGAGUGCUUACAGAAAUUAAAAAACACAAAUAUUGUUUGUUUAUAUGUGUACAAGUAUAAUUAAAACAGGUUAAAAAUGAUGUACAUUCAAUUUGUUGCUUGUAUGUAAUUUAGUUAGUAUUUUAAUACAGUGUCUGUUAAAUAUUACUACUACUUUACAGGUAGUAAAGUUAAUAGUGUUAUCUUAUAAACCACAAUUUUAUUUCAAAAAACUAUUGGUAUUAUUAGGUUGUCUGUUCUCAUCAUUAGGUUUUUCUUCAGAAUAUUGUUGUAGAUUAACAUUAUUCCAUUUUGGUUUCUUCACAAAAUUAUUGACUUAUUAAACCUUUCAGUAGCAGAGCUACAUUUUUAAAUAACUUAUUGUUUAUAUUUAGGAAAAGGCUUCUUAACUUUUCUCUUCUUCUGUAAAAAUACAUUAUGUAUAAUUUAAAAAAUUUCCAAAAAAGUACAUCAAUCUCAAACAUAUUUAAAUGUAAUAGUUGUGAUUAUUUUGGUAUUUCAAUUGUUUCUAGGUGAAAAUAUUCAAGUAAAAUAUAUAUUAUCUUUAAAUCAUCCUGUAUUUUGUUAAUAUAUUAAAACAUUAUUUUGGGAAAUUUAAAGCCUAAGUUCACCAAUGUUCAGUUUUGAUUCAAGAUUCUUCUGGCAUACAGCAGAAUUAGUAUAUAAAGCUUGUUUGUCUAAUAUUUCCGCUAAAAUUUGUGUGAACCACAAAAUUAAUUUUAUUCAGUCACAUAAAUGUAGUGCAGACUGAAAAUUUUUGGCUUAUUAUUCAAAUGUCUUUCUCCUUUUUUGACAUUUUAAAUUAUGGUAGAAAGUUAGUAUUUCAAUGCCUAAAAUAAUAUAUUUUUAGUAUGUAAUGUUUUAGCCAUAGGUUCACUUUAGGCAUAAGCUGUUUUAGAAGGAACAGUUUGUUAGCUCUCAUUGUUAUGGACAUCUGUAUAAGUAUUCCCAUGUCAGUUUUGAAUUUGGUACAAAGGGUGUCCUACUUCAAACUUCCCAGAGUUUACAGAUUUCAAGUUUCAAGUAUAUAAUGAUAUAUUAAAAAAGUUUUCUUUUUUAUUAUUUAUAAUACUUUAUGAAUGAAUAAUAAGGGACCAUAUGAUUCUUCAAGAUUGUUCUUGCACACCUAUCCUUGAGCAAAGUAAAAAAUUUAAACCCAUCUUUCAUUUUAAGGGAAAUCAUAUUUUCCUCUUAAUCUUUGUAACAUGCUGGUCUCCAUUACUGCCAACAGCAAUUCAUUCCAUCAGCCAGUCAAUCUUUAAUUUGUGUCCUCUUGCCUUAUUGUUUUUGGAAUACAGCACAAAUAAAUCGGAGCCCUUUAUCUUAUCAAUCCUCCAGAUAAUCUUGAGAUUUCAAUAAGAUCACCUCUUACCAUCCAUUUCUCAAGAGAAAAUAGGUUAAGAUAACCCAUCCAACCCUGAACCCUUUCCAGUAAGUCAAUAUCUUUCCUUAUAUAAAGAGACCAAAAUUGUAAACCCUACUCUACGUGACAUCUAACAAGUGAUUUGAUUUAUAUAGAGAUAAUGAACUAUUUUGACUUGAAAUCAGUAUACCUAUAAAUAUGCCCUAAAAUUCUGUUAGCUUUACUACUAACAACAGAGAGUUGCCUCAAUGACUUUUCCACUGUUGUGCUAAGAUCCUUUUCACCACUCAUUCCUUUGAGUUGGUUCCAGUCUAUGUUAAACGUGUAAUCCAAAUUGUGUUAAACCAAGUUCAUUACCUUGCACUUAUUAUGACUAAAGGUCAUAAUUUACCAAAUGUUUAUCCAACUUACCAGUUGACACAAGUCAUUAUGUAAUACCUCAACAUCCUCAAUAAAGCAAGAAAUACCCAAAGUUUAAUGUUAUUAGCAAACUUUUGUAAUUAUGUCCAUAUCAAUAUCAUUAAUAUGAAUAAUAAAAAAGCCAAGGUUUGGGCAUUGAAUCCUGAGGCACUCUCCUAGUAACAAGAAGCCUUUUUAUUUCUUUGGUCAACCUUAAGAUCCCUGUAAUAAGUUUUCCUCAACCCCCUACCAAUGUGAUUUUUGUAGCUAACCUUCUGUGUGGCAAAUUUUCAAAAAAAAAUUUAAAAUAUUAUUCCCACUUUUUCAAUUCUCCAGAUAACAAGUAUCAACCUGAAAAAACAAAUUCAUAAAGUUAGUUAGGAUAGAUUUCCCAUUGGUGAAUUCAAAUUGGUCUUCAUUUAUGAUAUCAUAUUUCACUAAAUGAUUUUGUAUAAGUUUAUUUACGAGACUAGAAUUUCUCCCAUUACACAAAUAAGACUAACUUGUCUAUAAUUUCCAGGGCAACUUCUGUCUUAUCCCCAUUAAAAAUAGGAAUAGAUUAACAUAUUGGCAUCCCUGCAAUCCUCAUACAGUUGCCCACUCUACUGAUAUACUAAAAAUGGAAGAGAAAUAGAGGUUCCAUCUGAUCUUUGACCUUAUUUAAAACCCUGAGGAAAACCUUUUCUGAUCUUCAUGCUUUAUCUACUUUUAAUCUUCUAAGUCUUUGUAGUUACUAUCAAUGAGUUAAAAACAACUUGUACCUGAAGCUAAAAUGUUAACCAGUAAAAUAAUAUUUCAUGACCUUUUGAAUCAUAUUCAAUUAAGAAGACAUGAUUAUAUAGUUUAUUUAUGAAAUUAGCCAUUAAAAAAAAAAUAAUUAUAAAAUUACUUUGAAAAACUCAAUGCUAUUGUGGUUAAAAUUUGUAUAUUGUUUUUUAUGAAACUAUGUACUGUUGAAAUGUGUAAAAUAAAUAUUCAGCUGAAUAAGACACGUGACAGGCUUUAGUGUUUGCAACUCAGUAUUUUUUGUUCUUACCAUAAUUUAAGGUUUUAAUAUAAUGUUUAAACGUGUACCUAUACUUUAUGGUUUUACAAAUCAACUUAGACAUUUUGUUUCUAAAUUUUUCUGACUUUAUUUUCAUGUUUUCAUAUUGUUAACAAAUCAGACUUGUAUAGUAUCAAAUAUUUUAAUAUCCUUAAUUAGUUUAUUCAUUAUUCUCUUUGACUCAGUUGUAAAUUACUUGUUUUUUUUGCUAUAGUUAAUACAAGAGUCACUCUGUAUUUCAUUCAAACAUUCACCAGUGUAGUGAGAAGGCAUAAAAUACUUUCUCUCACAGAAUCCACAAAAUUGUUUAACAGUGAACUGUAAGUCAUUCAUUACUUAUUAGACUGUUUGAUGUAAUUACAAGUUUAAAUGAAAAGAUCGUGGUCUAAGUUUUAGUCUGUUCAGAAUUUUGACAUUAAGUAUAAAUUUUCAAAUAUUGAAUGAAUGAAAUAAUUUAAUUUCUAUGAUCAUAAAAAAAACUAAACAUAUAUUUACACACUGAAAGCACUUUAAAGUUGUAAAUAAAUCUUAGAAAGUGUGACAUGUAUGAUAUAGUAGUUGCCAGUGUAAGAUUUUUAGGUUUUUUUUAUCCUCAUUGAUUAAUGGUGUACUAGUAUUAAAUUUAAUAAUGAAAAGCAUACACUGUGUAGCAAAAAAGAAAGAAAAAAAUAUGAAACUACUUUUUUUUACUUAAAAAUUUAUUUAACUGUAAAAUAUGUUCUUGCUUUGAAAUAGUUUUUUUGUUUGAGAACUCUAAAAUUAAUUGUGAUUGUAGUACCCAACAAAAUAUUUAAUUUUACAGUUGGGGUACUACUUAAAAACAAAUACAAAAACUAAAAGCUCAGACAAUAAGUGAUGUAUUUGUUUUAUUGAAGAAUUAUAGUAUCCAUUUGAAUUUUAAAAUGUUAAAUGAGACUGUUUGGUCAUAUAGUAGCUUAAUUUUUCUUUUAAUUGCUUCUAGUCAUAAUUACUGCAUAAGAAUUUACACAAGAUAUUUGUAAAACAUACAAGGGAGAUAACUGCCAUAUGCACACUUUAUUUGGUUACAAUGUAGCAAAAAACACAUGUACAUCAAUCAAGAAAAACUAUGUAAAACAGGGAUAUAUUUAAGCUUUGUUUGUAUUCUGGGCCUCGCUAUGUCUACUUACAUAAAUUUUCAUCCCAACAUUUUUCAGUUGUGUAGAAACCUAUGUUUGAAUAGUAUGAUUAUAACUUUAUGUAUGCUUAUGAAGGUAAACUUUUACAUGUAAA